UUUUAAUUCUAUUACCAGGAAGAGUGUUUCAAAAAAUGUUGUUACUCCCAAUGACAGAGCUGAAAUGAAGUGUAACAUGUUAAAGUGGAUCUUUCAUUGCCUUUUGUUGACAACUACAGCUGGACAAUUUAACUAUGAUGACUCCGACCAGGCAGAGGCCAUAAUCAAAAUCGGUGCAUUGUUUGAAAAGGAAGAUGAAGAUGGUAUAAAAGCAUUCAACAACGCGGUAGCAAUGGUCAAUAGAGAUAAACCAACAACAUCUCCAAGGCUGGAAAGUCUAAUACAAAUGGUUGACCCCAAUGACAGCUUUCUUGUUGGAAAUGAAGUCUGCAAGCUGAUGGCCGAAGGUGUAGCAGCAAUAUUUGGUCCGCAAUCACCCCACACUUGGGGCCAUGUGCAAUCGCAGUGUGACACCAAGGAAAUUCCACACAUCAUGUCAAAUAAAUGGGAUCCCCAGAUUAGCCCAGGAUCAUGUUUACUCAAUCUUUAUCCACACCCUGCUGUCUUAUCUCAAGCAAUAAAAGAUAUUGUGAAAGCAUGGAACUGGAAAGGGUUCACAAUAGUCUAUGAUGAUUUUUACAGUUUGAGAAAAAUUGGUGACCUUUUAAAAUUGGCAGAUGACAAGGGCUAUGUUGUCACUGUUAGACAAUUGGAAGGCGAGGAUGGCAAUUUUAGGAAAAUAUUCCAAGGUAUUAAACAUUCCGGUGAGAAAAACAUUGUUUUUGAAUGUUCUGUUGAUAUACUGUAUGAAGCAUUGCUCCAAGCCCAGCAAGUUGGUCUCACCGGUUCAGAUUACAGUUACAUUAUAUCAUCAUUGGAUUUCCAGUACAUCGAUCUUGAACCUUUUAAAUGGUCAGGAACUAAUAUAACAGGAAUUCGUAUCGUAAGACCUUCGACUGACUAUUUCAAGCAAGUAGUCCGAUCUUGGUACACUUCAGAAGACAAUGAAGAUGACGUUGAAGAAAAGAACUACAAUAACAACUACAAUAUGUUUGAUAACCUCAAGAAUCCUGAUAUCAUUAAGAGAAGAAGACGCAAUGAAGAAUUCUGGGGGGUGCCUAAUUAUGAUGAAAAUGAGGAAGGAAAUGGAUUUGAUGAACAAGGAAUGACAAAAGAAGGGGAAAUCGGAUCGAAAGAAGAAAACAAUCAAACUGAAGAAGAACCUGUUAAAAUACCACUAACUCAAACGGCUUUGGUCCAUGAUGCAGUACAACUUUUUUUCAAAGCGAUUGAAAACCUUGAGAUGAAUACUGCUCCAAGAUCAAUUGAAUGUGAACAAGACAGAGCUUGGGAGCAUGGGUACAGUAUAAGGAACUUCAUGAAAAUGAGUGAAUAUCAAGGACUGAGUGGGCUUGUCAAAUUUGAUCAUAUGGGUUUUCGCACAAACAUUGAAUUGGACAUAAUUGAACUAAAGGAAGAAGGACUUGGCAUAAAAGGAACCUGGAACACUUCAACUGGUUUAAAUAUCAUACAUCCUGAAAGCCCAACCGGACAGUUCGAAUCGGGAGAAGAUCUCAGAAAUACAACAUUCAUCGUUAUUAUUGCUCUUACACAUCCUUAUGGUAUGUUGAAAGAGGCAAGCAAAACAUUGUCUGGGAAUGAUCGUUUUGAAGGUUUCGGCAUUGACCUAAUCCAUGAACUGUCGUUGAUGAGCGGUUUCAAUUAUACAUUUGUCGUGAGGGAUGAUAAAACCAGCGGAAAUCCUUUGGGAGGUGGAAAGUGGACCGGGAUGAUUGGUGAUGUUCUCGAUCGGAGGGCUGAUCUGGCAAUUGCAGAUAUCACGAUUACAAGAGAAAGAGAACAAGACGUCGACUUUACAAUGCCCUUUAUGAACCUAGGCAUUAGUAUUCUCUAUAAAAAGCCUAAAAAAGCACCUCCUAGCACCUUUUCGUUUCUAUCGCCUUUCAGCACUGAAGUCUGGGCAUACAUGAUGUCUGCGUAUUUUGGUGUGUCCCUCUUGUUGUUCAUUAUUGGCAGAAUAAGUCCGUAUGAAUGGACAAAUCCCUAUCCUUGCAUUGAAGAACCUAAGGAAUUGGAAAAUCAGUUUUCUCUGUUCAACUCAUACUGGUUCACAAUAGGAUCACUUAUGCAGCAAGGCUCUGAUGUUGCACCAAUAGCGGUUUCAACAAGAAUGGUCGCUGCAAUUUGGUGGUUUUUCACGCUCAUCAUGGUUUCAUCUUAUACAGCUAACUUGGCAGCUUUUUUAACAGUAGAAGUUACUGUAUCACCUUUUCUCAACGUAGAAGGUCUGGCUAACCAAAAGAGCAUAAAAUAUGGAGCAAAAAAUGGAGGAGCUACUGCUAAUUUCUUCAGAGAUUCUAAUUUAACACUUUACCAACAAAUGAGACAUUAUAUGGAAACUACUACUGGUGUCAUGAUGCCAACAAAUGAUGCUGGGGUGAAGAGGGUGAUGGAAAAUGAUGAUUAUGCUUUUCUCAUGGAAUCAACAAGCAUUGAAUAUGAAGUGGAAAGGAAAUGUGAAUUACAUCAAAUUGGAGGUCUUCUUGAUAAUAAAGGAUAUGGAAUUGCUAUGAGGAGAAAUUCUUCAUAUUACAAUGUGCUAAGCAGAAAUGUGGUGAAGUUACAGGAGAAAGGAAAGCUGACCCAGUUAAAAAACAAAUGGUGGAAAGAAAAACGAGGAGGUGGUGCUUGUGCGGUGAAAUCUGAAGUAGGAGCAGCGAGUGAAUUAGGCCUUGCAAAUGUGGGUGGUGUUUUUUUGGUACUGCUUGGUGGCUGUAUUUUAGCCAUAUUCAUAGCUUUAGCAGAACUGUCAUGGGACAUACUAAAUCGUGAUGACAAGAAUUCAUUCAAAGAAGAAUUUAUGGCCGAGUUGAAAUUCAUUUCAAGAUGUCACGGCACAUCAAAACCAGUGAGAAAAGUCCAAGAGAAAACUGACAGCGGGAGUGAAUUCACAAAAGGAACUGAUGAAGACUUAACAUUAGAUUGAUUAAAACAGAUGGUUUUGUUUUUUCUAUUAAUUCACUUAUGUUUGUAAAUUAUGCUAUUUUGUGUAGUACUAAUUGAUUUAAUAUCUAUGCCAAAUGUAAUUCCUUUGAAUAACUUAAACUACCUUAAGUUGUUUUGAAUUUCAAAUUGCUUUCCAAUUAUAUUUGUUUUGCUUAAGAGUAAUAAUAUGUUUUA